GACGGCGACGCCACCAUAGGUAUGCACGCGUACGGGCAGCAGCACUACGCUGGAAAAGCUUUCCACACGCUUAGGAAGGACCACGCCCUGUGCGCGACGAACACGCACCACCCGCGCGGCCCGACUUAUCAUGGACUUCGCGUGCACACUAGCUACACCGACUACCUCGCGAUGCCGAUACGUUAUCUGCCGAGAAUCCGGCGCCGCAACAUCGCCCACCGCCGGACCAGAAGACUCCGAGCAUUCCCAUCACAACGCCUACUGGACCACAUGAUGCUAUACAUAGACGUGGACCGCACCCUCACAUUCGACGAGCCCCACACGACGCCGCAGUGGGACUACACCCGCGUCUUCUUAGUUUGGAAAGACGAAAG